UUAAUAUUAAAACAAUUGGUUUUGAUUUUUAGAUAUGAAUAUUUUAAGUUGCCAUAUUAGAAUGUGCUUACAUGAUGGUAGUAAGAUAUUAAGCAAUGUGCACACUGUUUCAGCAAAAUGGGAAUCAAAAGAUCCACAGAAGUGGUCAUUUAUAUCUUCAAUUUCACAGACAAGUUCUUAUUUAGAAGAUAGUAAAAUUUUUAUAAGGACUAAUACUGCUGUAGCAACCCUUGGUAUAUUAUUUCAACUUUGUAUCAUUUACAAAGAACAAAAAAAUGCUGAAAAGAAAGAGUUAAGUUGUGGUUGGUCAUUUAUGAGAUUAUUGGAUGACUCUGGAAUUCCUGUACAUAAUAAAUCUAAAGUGCUACAUAUCCAUGAAGGAAAUCCAUUUGAUAAAGAUGUUAAUUCAUUAUCAUUAAUUGAAAAAAAUGUGUUGAAAACAUUUAUCUCAAAAAGUAAACAACCACAGUUAAUUCUCCGGUUGAAUUCUCCUGAUAAAGACAUGAAACAUCAAUUAGAUUUUCUUCCAAGUGUAUUAAUUGGACCAUGUAGUUUGAUAUUCUUGAUAUUCCUGUAUAGACAUUCUUUGGCAGAUUGUUUAUUGCAACAAACAGAUACCAUUAUUAAUACAAAAUUACAGCACUGUCCAGUAGAAUCAACAUUCCCAAAAUUAUUUCAACAACCAUAUAUAUUGAAUAUUUUAAGGCAAGAAAUGUUAGAACAAAUAAGAGCAGAAAAAAAAUUGACUAAGAAUAUUGACAGACUGAAAAAAGUAUUUCAUCGAGUAUAUAAAGAAACAACCUAUUUUCUUUUGAAUUGUAAUAUAUUGCCACCAUUCAAAUUUGAUGAUUUUUCUGGACAACAAGCACAUCGUAAAGAAAUCGAAAAACUGUUGUUAAUUAGACAGACAAAGGGUCCACUUGGUUUAGCUACAUCACAAAAUACAUCUCAUAAGCCAUUUUCUAUCGAUGAAUUAGCAAUAGAUAUUGUUGGAAAGCAGUGUUUAUCAUUUGUUUAAUAAUAAAUUAUUGCAAUAAUUUAAAUAUUAUCAAGUAUGAAAGACAACUAAUGGCAUUUAUACAUAAAGCUUUCAAUAUUCCAUAUUUUUUAAUUGUAAAUAGUAUCUUCACACAAAUAAAAAUAAAUAAUUUAUUCUUUUUUUUGUAUCCUUUAUUAUGAUGUUAAGAUUAUUUAAUAUUUAUAAAUAUUGUUUUCAACUCUCUAACUUAGAAUAAGUACAGUAUUUCAAAAUUGUCUGGCAGAAAUAUACAGUUUAAAGAACCAUUCAUUGACAUACACCACUUUGAAGGUAAAAUCAUUUUUAUAAAAUAAUUUUCAGAAAUGGAAGUAUUUUAAAUGACUACUGCUGCUUUAAAUGCACUCAUACAUACAACACAACACAUUUCUCAUCAUUUAUUCCAGCAUUCCAGAUUUACAGUAUCUCUAUCUGCUAUGGAGAGCUUUUAAAUCUUUAUGCAAAAUUUCCUGUAUACAUCUGUCUGACAACUGUAAUAUGAUAGUCUAUGCAGAUCAGCAAUGAUGUUUGCUAAUACUCAUAAUGCUUUGUGCAUAUGAAAAGAUGACAAGAGAGAGGGGAUGCCAGGGAUGAAAUCACGUGAUCUGGACUUACACUGUGUCGACUUAUCUCUUUUGCCUCUAAAUAGAUGUUUCUUUCCAGCAUUUUGUUUUCUAAACACCACAAACACAAAAGUGGACAAAUGGCAUUGGCACAAUUAUAGCAGGUUUGGUCCAGCAUAAUGAUAUGCCAUCUCAUUUCCAGAGAUAAGAUUCAGUGGUUCACAGACUGGCUUGGCAACUGCUUUAUAGGACAUUGCCCUAUUCCACCAUGUUUUCCAGUCUUCAUCUCUCUGAUCACAUUAAAGUAUCAAUAUAUGAUGCAUAUCCAGCAAUGCCAUGUGAUGUUGGCAAACUAAAAAGGUACAUCUUACAACCUGUAAAACAGUGACACCAGGAAUGCUGUGUGCCAUCCAUAUUAUCACAUUCAACCAUCUACAUCUUUGUUCAACCAUCUACAUCUUUGUUCAACCAUCUACUACCAUUGAGGCAGUUAUUUCAAAUACAUUCUACAUCAAAAUAAAGCUCACUAGUAAUAAAGAUCAACUGCACAUUGGAGAUAACUAAACAACACAUACCACAGAAAAACAAAGAUCUUCAUAAAAUCUUUAAAAAAGGAAAAUAUUUAAAUAACUGUUGAUAUGACGUAGAAGCUUGGACGUUCGGAGCUAUUCCAUUCUAUCUUACUGAUUUUUAAAAAUCGUUCCAAACGAAUGUUUGUUCAUAUUUAGUAACAUUUCAAACGAUUUUUUACCUGAAGAAGGACCCAGGAGGGGUCUGAAAACGUUUGUAGUGUUAAAUUUUAUUAUGCAUUGGUUAAAGGUUUUUUCUGUGGUACAUGUUAUAUAGCUCACUUUUUUAAAUCAAUUUCUGCAAUGUUAUCUUUAUUCUUUAUAAUCAGAUUAUUUGUAUGUUAUGCUGAAAAUCUUAAAUUUGGUUAUUUUAGCACUGGAAUAAACAGGCAUACAUGCAUAUACUUGUAUAAUGCUGGAAAGAUGUCUUUUGCUCCCAGAUAAAUAUUUAAGCAGACAUCCUGUACAGGGACCCAGACUAGAAUCUAUAAUAAUUUUAAUUUAUUAAGUCUAGAAAGUUAAUUUAUGUAAUUUUAAGUGUACAAAGAGAGUAAAAAGAAAUAUAAUAAGAUGAGCGUAUCGUAUCGUAUCAGAAGGGAUAGAGAGCCCUUGAUCACUCUCCAUGAUCCUGGCCAUUCAUCUUGCAAUUUUGGCAAGAAUAUUCUGGUGUUGCUAUUUUGUUUUGUUUAGUGAUUUCAAUGGCAAGACAGUAAAGACAGUGGUAUCAAUUAAGGUCUUUUUGAAAUACUUGAGUGUUUACAGACCUUGUUAAGAUAAAUAGUUCCAUCCAUGCAUUCCUUUGAAUCCUAGCAUUUUAUAAUUAAAGGGAGAGUUAGCACUAUACAAAUAUAUAACUCCAAGAUCAUCCUUAUAGUUCUACCACAUGCAUGAAAAAAAAUCUGCCAAAGAAAAAAAUUAUGAGAAAAUCAUUCAUUCUUUCUAUUGGAUCCUGUGUAAUAAUCAUAAUAUAGUGUGCAGCAAAAUGAGUACAACACAGACACUUGAUAUGUCAUAGAUAAAUAAUUUGAUCAUAUUGGACAAUAUAAUAAACCAUCAGAGAAUUUACCUUUUUAAUUCAAUUUUAUGUCAAUGGAAAAGCUUUGGCCUUGACUGUUAUGUAGAUAAAUCAACUAUGACACAUAGUAUUACAAAUUACAUUAAGUGACAAAUGCUUUGGCAAAUAAAAGUGACAGUAUUUUAUAAUACUUCAUGUUAGUUUAGCCAUUGUGACAAAUAUGAAUUAUAUUUUGUAAAUUUUUAAUAUCAUCUCCCAUUAAUAUUUAAUUUUCAUAUUUUUGAAAUUUGUCUCAUCAUUGAAUUUUCUUUGUCACCUUAAAGAUCAUCAGGGAAUCCUCAGCAUUCAUUCUUCACCUUGGGCAUAAUCAAGUCAAGAUCAAAAAAUAAAUGGAAAAAAAUCUCAGAAAAUGAAAACUUUGUUAGUCUCUUGUACUAACAUGGAAUAUAAUUUAAUUUAAUGGUUCAAAAAUGAAUAAUAAUUAGUACAGUAGAGCGUCGAUUAUCCAAAACAUCAAUCAUCCGAAAGAAUUCCAGUCGGCAAAUUUAAAUUUUCGCCAG